CCCCCACCCUGGCCCUUCUGGCAGAUGCCGGACAAGGAUCCCCACGGUUAGGAAAGAAGAGAAAUUAAUGCCAAUUAAAACCGCCCAGUGCAAGGCCCUUGCCAAAGCCGGGCCCAACAGACGAUGGAACAACUUCCCAGCUCAGCUGCCCGAGGCCUCCCACUGCUCCUGGAUGCCUUAAGUCUGCAGAUUCCAAGACCAGAAUACACCUCAGGAAGGAAGCCUUCCUCAGGGGGUCCCAGUACUCCCGGUGGUGGCGCUAAGGUGAAAGGAAGAAGACCACAAGGUGGAAGAGUGGUUGAGUCCCGCUACUUGCAGUACGAUAAGAAAACCACCAAAAAGGCUUCUGCAGCAGAUACAUUGAAGACCAUUGGGAAGAUGCCUGAAGGUGGAAGGAAAGUUCACCUGCUCCAGAGGAGUAGAGACAGCAGUGGAGUUGGAAAGGGCGACCUGCAGUCCACAUUGCUGGAAGGGCACGGCACGGCCCCCCCUGACCUGGACCUCUCGGCCAUCAAUGACAAAAGUAUGCUUAGAAAGACUCCGCAAUUAGAAAAAACGAUGUCGAAGAAAACCGAAUCCAUGUCAUUUUCUGCUUCACAGAGAAAGAGCCCAGACCUGUCUGAGGCAAUGGAAAUGAUGGAAUCCCAAACGUUGCUUCUGACUCUACUGACCGUAAAGAUGGAGAAUGGUCUUGCUCUGUUCGAAGAAAAGGCAGAGAGGAAUUUGUUAAUAAUGUGUAAAGAGACGGAGAAGCUACAGAAGAAGGCCCACGAGCUAAAGCGUAAACUCCUUCUCUGUCAGAGGAAGCGGGAACUGGCAGAUGUCCUUGACGCUCAGAUCGAGAUGCUCAGCCCCUACGAGGCUGUGGCCGAACGCUUUAGGGAACAGUACAAGACAUUCGCCAUGGCCCUGGAUACCACAAGGCAUGAGCUUCCUGUAAAAUCAGUCCACCUGGAUGGGAAUGGGCAGCAGUUCUUAGAUGAUUUGCAGCGAGAAUUGACGACCACCUGCCAUCUGCUGGGAGAACUUGGGAUCAGCAGUUUAGAAGAAAACGUGAAAGCCCUGGACCUGCUGAGUGAAAUCAGGGAAAUGACCCAAAAGAAGGAUCUGGAGCUCCGAAGGAGCUUCGCCCAGGUGCUGGAACUCUCUGCUGAGGCCAGUAAAGAGGCGGCUUUAGACAACCAGGAGGUCUGGGAAGAUGCCCAGGGCCUAGAAACCUCCAACCAGUGGUACUUCAAUCAAGAAGGCGCCUGUGGGGAGGCUUCAGAAGAGGUCAGGACCCCGCUUCUGUUAGGCACUGAUGAGCCACACGCAGUAUGAACCAUACACGAGCCAUGGGCUCCCACACGAGUGGGGACCUUCCUGCAAACUGCCCGGAAGGAAACCUGUCCCUUACCACUGGCUCAGGGCAUAAGCGUGCCAGGCAGUGUGUGUGUGAUACCCUUGGAACUCAAGCACUUUAGACACUAGUUUAGCAAUGUAGCUCUUUUUGUAUAAGUGUGUCACUUGAUAGUUAAAAAAUAAAACUUUUGCAUUCAA